AUGCCUGGUGUUUGUCCACGUUGUUUACGUAAUGUUUAUUUUGCUGAAGAAAAACUUGCACUUGGAAAAGUUUGGCAUAAUCUCUGUUUUUCUUGUCGCAAUUGUAGAAAAUUAUUGGAUAGUUGUACUGUAAUAACGUAUGAAGGUGAUUUAUUUUGUAGAAAGUGUUGUCCGCGACCAACAACAUCAAAACGACCAGAAAUAAUACAAGAAAAAAAAGAUAUAACCUGUUGUUGUUGUUGCUGUUUAGCUGAAACUUUCACUGACAAUAAUUCUGAAUGGACAUCAAAAUUUAAAGAUGCUGCCAACGAAUCAUCUGAUGAUGAUGAUGAAGAAACAAAUUCCAGUAGUGAAUGUUCAAUAACAUCUUUACAAAAUCACUCGGACCACAAAUCCCAAAAUUUAAACAAUCAUCAUCUUGAUGCAUCACCGCCAUCACCAGUCAGCCAAGACAAACCAGAAAAUUCAAAAAAAAUAGAAAACAUGUCUCUGAAUCUUGAAUCAUUAGAUUCUCCAAGAUUACUUGCAGAUAUACAAUACGAGGAUUCAUCAGUUCCAAUGUGUUUAAAAAAUCUCUCAAAUUGUCGUCGAGUGUCAUUUAAAUACAAAGAAGAAGAUAAAUUAAAUGAAAUAAUGAAAAAAGACAAUGACAAUGAAAAUUCAAUUGAUUUAAUUGAUAAAUCAAUUGAAAUAAAUGAAAAAAGAUUACGUGGAGGUUCUGGAUGUUGUUGUAAUCGUGAUAAUACAUCAACAAAUAAUAAAGACAAUGGUUGUUGUUUAAAAACACAUCAUAAUUAUGAAUCAGGUGAUAAAAUUGCGACACAUGAAGGAACAUCAUGUGGAUCAGGAUCACAAAGAUGUGGUAGUGGUGGUUCAUGUGGUGGUGGUUGUCGUGGUAGUUGUGGUAAACCAGGUCAAUCAUGUUUACCAGCUAGAACAUGUACAACUCCAAUUGCAUCAAAUCGUCGUGUUCAUUAUUAUCCUCCAGUUAUUGAUACAAAUAGAUGUCAUAGGCAAAAUAAUAAUUCUUCAAUAAAUUCUUGUGCAUCAAAAAAACAUCGUCAAACACCAGACAAUGAACAGGUAUGUAAUGAAUGUCAGCCAAAAACUCCCGUCGGAUGUGAGUGCCUUGGUGGAGGUGGUCUCGAUUGCCAAAGAUGCGGUAAAAAAGUUUAUCAUGCUGAGAUGCAUUUUGCAUCAGGAGUACCCUAUCACAGCAUCUGUUUCAGCUGCCACUGCUGUCGAAAACCUCUGGAGACACUAACAUAUCAUGAAAAUUGUGGUGAAAUUUAUUGCAAACAAUGCUAUGUACGAAAUUUUGGACCACAAGGAUAUGGUUAUUCAGGUGUAUUACAAACACCCAUGUAAAGAGAAAAAAAAAAU